GGUAAAGGGAGACGGAGCGGAGAGAGGAGACGCAGCUGCUACUCCACCCACGUCUUAGAGCGGCACUGGAGAUUUUUGAACAGGGAAUUUACCUGGGGUUGAUCGGGGUCAGAUUUUGACGAGAGAUUGGAAGAGGGGGUUUGGUGUUGGUGAAGACAACAGAAUCAGAGCCAUGUCCCGUCUUACUCUUGUGGCCGUGGUAAGUGUCCUAAGCGGUCUCGUGCUGUGCCAAGCCGCCACGGUCACGCCGCCAGCAGCAAACCAGACACUAGAUGGCGCAGACGAGUACCCAAUGUGUUCCACGUGUGGGUCAGGCAUAUCACCUUUUCCCGGCGCUCCCGUGGGCAUGGUCCAGUCUGUUCUUAUGUAUAGAACGCUACUUAUUAUGUACGCCCACAUCAGGUGUUCCACCUUCAACCCGUGUAUGAACAACGCGGAGUGCUACAGAAGGUGUGACAGCGAAGGCUACGUGAGGUCGUACAGGUGUAUGUGUCCAUGUGGACAUUACGGACUCUACUGUGAAAAGGGGGCCUUGGAGUGCUCCAUUAAAGAACAAAUCGGCGAAUUCGACUGCAAUGACCGCUUCUUCAACGUGACAUGCGGGCUUCAAAAUAUCAAAAUCGCGCGAGUGUGCGAAUACUCCGAGAACGACCCCUAUUGUUCGGGGCCAGACACCUUCUUCUUCAAGUACAAAUGGCGGCUGGGAAAUCGUUGUGAUGGCCUCCAAAGCUGCACGGCCGUCAUGGAUGAGAUGUGUGCUGAGGAUAGCAAUCCUCGGCUUCGCUUCCUGUACCAAUGUUGUCCCUCUGAGGAAUCCCCGGAUGUUCCAUGCCGCCAUGAUCCCUGUCAAAACGCUGGAACAUGUGUUCCGGAAGCGGACUCGUUCAAAUGCAUAUGUCCGCCUGGGUUUACAGGGCGCCUGUGUGAUAUACCCACCGCCUGUUCGCCCAACCCGUGUCUUAACGACGGACAAUGCGUUCCCAUGGGGUUCACUGCGUUCAGGUGUGUCUGUCCAGCUGGUUUUGUCGGCCAUCUUUGUGAAAACCAGUUUACAAUCAUGAUCAGCGCAUGUAUCACAGACCCAUGUCUAAACAACGGCCGCUGUAUUCCCAACGGUGACAGCUACACGUGUGACUGUUCCGAGGCCACGGGAUUCACGGGAGCCAGGUGUGAAACCAACUAUAUCUGUGAUCUUGUCAACCCAUGUCAAAAUGGCGGCACGUGUAACCCGUUCCCGUCCGGCGGCUAUUGGUGCCAAUGUCCUCCAGGCUGGUCUGGUUUUCAGUGUGACCGAGAAGAAAAAUCGAUCACCGAGGUGUCUCCCUGUGACAGCGAUCCAUGUCUAAACAAUGGCCGCUGUAUCCCUGUUGGCGCCAAUGACUACCGCUGUGACUGUUCAAGGGCAGUUGGGUUCACAGGGGCAAACUGUGAAACUAACAACAUCUGCGAUAUCCUCAAACCCUGCCUGAACGACGGCGUGUGUCGUCCCCUCCCGAAUGGCGGCUACUGGUGUGACUGCGCCGAGAGAUGGGUGGGCUUUAAUUGUGACGUAGAUAUGACGAUUCAGAUAGAGCGGUUUGGUGUGCCAGGACCCCAGGGUGUACCGGGACCCCCCGGGCCACAGGGAGACACAGGACCAAGCGGUGAGAUCGGAACAACGGGACCCGUAGGGCCCACUGGGUCAGAGGGUGCGGGCCUGGUGGGGCCUACUGGACCACGCGGGGACACGGGAGACACAGGCCCCACAGGCCCGGCAGGACCUGAAGGAGAACCUGGACCAGCCGGACCUAGAGGACCAAAAGGUGACUCUGGUGCAGCGGGUUCUCCCGGGGAGCCAGGCCGCCCAGGGAGUCAGGGGCCUACGGGCCCCACAGGCCCUCGCGGUAGAGAUGGCAGCGAUGGUGAACCAGGCCGCCCGGGUUCUACAGGUGCCUCGGGCUCUACCGGAAGACAAGGACCACGUGGUAACCCGGGUCCUGCUGGCUCCACUGGAGCCAGAGGACCGCAGGGGCCAACAGGCCAACGAGGAAGUGCUGGUAGUCCAGGGGAACCAGGAAGUGCUGGCAGACCCGGAAGUACAGGACCUCAAGGGCCAACUGGCCCACGAGGACCUUCCGGGGCAUCAGUGGAAGGGGAACCCGGAAGGCCCGGAGCACCUGGUCGAACUGGACCCCAGGGGCCAACGGGUCCGGCUGGGCCCCGGGGGAGGGAUGGGUUUGAUGGUGAAGAUGGUAGGGAUGGUGCCAGGGGUCCCCAGGGUCCCCGGGGUCCAACUGGGGCCCAAGGAGCACAGGGUCGCCCAGGUAGCCAGGGACCCCCAGGACCAGCGGGGAGAAACGGACAGACAGGACCACAAGGCAGACCAGGCGCUCCAGGAAACGACGGCGAAGAUGGCCCCAGAGGCCCUACCGGUCCUCAAGGUCCCAGUGGCCGCAUCGGUGCCACUGGCCCACGAGGUUUCGCUGGAGCAAAUGGAAGGCCGGGAGAACCAGGGCGUGCAGGGCCUCAGGGACCCAGGGGACCCACUGGAGCGGGUGUGACAGGUGCCCGAGGACCUGCCGGACCUCGUGGCCCUACUGGACCUCCAGGUAGUGACGGAGAGGAUGGCCCAGCCGGACCUAGAGGCCCGUCCGGACCUCAGGGAGCACCUGGAGAGCCAGGAAGACCAGGGGCUAAUGGCAGACCAGGUAGGGACGGUAGCCCAGGUCGAAAUGGGGCCCCCGGAGCGACAGGACCCCGCGGUGUAGGUGCUAGGGGCCCCACCGGGCCAAGCGGGAACCCGGGUGCGAGAGGUGCUCAAGGUGAAAGAGGACCAACGGGGCCACAAGGACCCAGAGGAUCAAACGGGAGUCCCGGUGAACCAGGCAGACCCGGCAGUCAAGGACCACAAGGCCGUGCGGGUGACCGAGGUCCUACAGGCCCAGCCGGUCCCAGGGGCAGAGACGGUAGCCCUGGGGAACCAGGCCGCCCUGGUGCUCGUGGCGCAACAGGUCCAGGAGGGAGUCAAGGAGCGCGCGGUAAUCCCGGACCUGCUGGCUCUCCCGGCGCUAGGGGACCCCAAGGGCCCACUGGUCCACGAGGAAACCCCGGUAACGACGGUGGGAUAGGAGCGGCAGGAAGACCCGGGGUUGCAGGUCCCCAGGGGCCAACCGGUCCUACAGGGCCCCGGGGUCAGUCUGUCCAGGGAGAACCUGGGAGACCGGGGGCACCUGGUAGUACAGGUCCGCAGGGUCCACGAGGCGUGGCUGGGUCACCUGGUCGUGACGGCAGUGACGGGGAAGACGGUCCACAAGGUAGUACGGGGUCAAGGGGGCCACAAGGUCCUCAAGGUCCCGCUGGUGCACCGGGUAGACCUGGUGACAGGGGUCCUGAAGGUUCACCCGGACGUGACGGAAGCACAGGACCACAAGGACCACGAGGGACCCCAGGAACUAACGGGGAGCCAGGUCAGAUGGGUCCUGCCGGACCUACCGGACCACGUGGAGCAAGCGGGUCCCCGGGUCAAAGUGGUUCCCCUGGCUCUGAUGGCAGGCCGGGAGAACAGGGUCCCCAGGGUCCCGCUGGUCCACAAGGCCCCACUGGUGUGGGUAUGCCUGGACCACAGGGGCCAACAGGACCCCAAGGACCGCAAGGACCAGCCGGAUUUCCCGGGGAGGACGGCAGUGCUGGGCCUCAAGGACCCACAGGACCACAAGGUCCGGCUGGAGAGAACGGCAGUCCUGGAGAACCAGGGGCGCCAGGCGUGGGAUCCCCAGGUCCUCAAGGUCCUACUGGUCCGAGGGGGUAUAACGGGGAAGACGGGGCCCCUGGCGAGCCCGGCCCUGCAGGACCCCAAGGGCCAAAUGGUGCGACGGGCCCAACAGGCCCAGCUGGUGGAAGCUCGUCUUGCCGUGGUGGCUCCAGCUGUUGGUGUGGUUGUAACUGUCAGUGCGGCAUCCACAUGUGCUGUCCGCGCGCGCUCUACUACUCCCAUGACGUCAUCCCAGAUUCCACCGGAACCGGAUGUUGGUGUGAUGGCAUGAACAAAGGUCCUUGCUUAUACCAGGGAAAAUGUUGCCCGCCUUAUAUUUAUUAUACUCAGGGUCCUGAUAACAACCCGUUGAAACCCCAUAUCCACAAAGCCGAUGGCACCCCCGUCUGGCAGUAAAAGUAAUAAUAAUUUUCAUUUAUUUUGGAGUAGACUCAGCUUGGUUCCUUCUUUAACUUACAUUUAACUAAUUUAAACUGUUUCUAGCUGGUUGUGUUCAAACUUCCUGUGUUUAAUAAAUCCCAAUCAAAAUUAAUGAAGUUAAAGUGUACUGGUAAUUACCAGAGUAGACGGUUGCCGUAACUCUUUUUAACUGAUUGUUUGGGUGAUGCAAUCGUGAAAUUCAGCUUUAGGCAAUGUAAGAAAAUUAUAUCAAUAUCAUUAUAGUUUUAUUGUGUAGUUAUGACAAAACAGAUACGUAAAAAUCUGCAUUCCAGUGUCGUGAACUUUACAUGUGAUUGUUGUCGACUUACUUGAGCUUCCCUCAUGUGAAGUACAUGUAUUUGUAAUUUUCGUAAGUAUGAAAUCACGUGAAGUUAUAUCUGUUCAAACUUUAAAAGGACUGCAACAAUAAGACGCUUCGUGGUAGAUUUUCUCUGGUUCUUCAUUUUUUCUCAAAGUUGGAUCUUAAACCGAUUUGUUUGUCGAAAAAACAAGGAAGGGAAAGAAAUUGCUACCAAUUCUUAUGUAAGUAAAAACUUCUCAACGAAUUUAUACAGAGGGAGUGUUAAGUGUACCGUGAAUGAAAAAUCUUAAUUUACUUAAAUUCAGGGUCUAGUUCUAAAUAUACUUGAAAGUUGUCUCGGGUUACCUCGUACUUUAACAAGGUUUCU